CCUGCACGUUUCGUUUCAAGAUAGUUGCUAUCCAAGCAAGAAGGACGACGCUUUGCUCCCAAAAUGACUAGUAAACACAGAAAGAAGACGAGUUUUUCGCUGUCUUUUUCGGUGUUUGAAGAGCCGCUACAAUUCGCCGUCGUUUUGCUUAUGACGGUGUUGUUCAUCUUCGGGCACACUAUUGGAAUCCUCCUCUCAAUUUAUGUGUUUCUAACGCCUGUCUAUAGCUUCAUCGUCAUUUAUUUGGUGUGGACUUAUUGUUUUGAUCUGAAGACGCCAGCGAAAGGAGGAAGAAGGUCCGAGACGUUUCGAAAACUGAAGAGCUGGGAGUAUUUUCGUGAUUAUUUCCCAGCAAGACUUAUAAAGACUAAGCGUCUAGACCCAAAAAGAAACUAUAUCCUGGGAUACCAUCCGCAUGGAAUUAUGUGUGCUGGAGCUUGGGUUAACUUUGCGACUGAGGCUACUGGAUUCAGCAAUCUUUUUCCUGGCAUAAAGUCGCAUCUUCUCACUCUAACAUUGAUGUUUAAAUUUCCAUUUUGGCGAGACUUUGUAAUGGCUGGAGGUGUAUGCGAUGUAUCAAAAGAGAGCAUUCGCCACAUAGUUACAAAGAAGGGAACUGGUAACGCAGCAGUGAUUGCAAUUGGUGGAGCAGCAGAAUCUCUUGAUGCUCGGCCAGGUUCUUAUACUUUGACCCUGAAAAACCGGAAAGGAUUUGUUAGGAUGGCUUUACAAACAGGAGCAUAUCUUGUUCCAGUAUUUUCAUUUGGUGAAAAUGAACUAUUUAAUCAAGUCAGUAAUCCAAGAGGCUCAAGACUGAGAGCAUUUCAAAACAAGUUGAUGAAAAUCUUGUCAUUUGCUCCUCCACUGUUCUUUGGAAGAGGAAUCUUACCCAAGAUAAUUGGUAUUGUACCCUACAGGAGACCAGUAUGCACUGUAGUUGGUGCUCCAAUCCCAGUAAAGAGAGCUGUUGCAAAUCCAAGUCCUCAACAAGUAAACAGACUUCACAAGAAAUACGUACAAGGGCUUAUUAACCUCUUCGAUGAACAGAAACACAGAUAUGGUCUGCCAAGGAGCGUUAAACUGAGAAUUGUGUAAUAGACAUUAAUUAUUCAGCUUGAAUACCGUCCAUAAAUAAAAAGAAAAAAAUUUCUUCUAAACAGUGUAAAACAAAUGGCAAUCGUUGUGCAACCUGUAAAACAUAUUGCACUGCAUGCAUUCUAUUCAAAUAAUUAUUAUUUGGACCGAAAACGACACCAUACUUGUGGUGUGGAUGGCCAGUUCACAUCUGGCAUUAGCUGGUUGAAAAAAGCGUCCAGCAGCAGCCCUGCAAGGGCAAGUCAAAAGUCAAUUUAAGAAAAGAUUUUUAUAAAGUUAGUCAGCCUGGCUACAAUGGUCGGUACGACCUGACCCAAUGAAUGUCUCAAAUUUUAGUGUCCACGAUCUUAAAUUGAAUUGUAUCAAGAUUUUUAAUGUGGCUUGCAAAAAUAUGAAAUGGUUAACGCCACAGAUUUAUCCAAGCCACAACAGAGGAUGAGUGGAGGGAACUAAGCGUAAUAUAUUACAAUUUAGCAUUUGCUAAUAAUUUAUUCGUUAUGGAUUGACAAAGAAUUUAUUGAAGAGAUUCAAGUAUUUCAAGAUUAUUUUAAAAAGAGUGACCAUAUAAAUUAGAUUUAUUAAACCAAUGUUUUGUUACAACAAGUUAUAUUUUGUAAUUUAAAUUAUUUAUUUGCAAAGAGAAUAUUAAAAUCUCAAUUUUCUACA